GGUCUCGGACGAGCCGCCGCCCGGACCACCCGAGCUGGCGGCGAAGCUUCAACCAGUCUUCCGCGCCAGCGGCCGCCCUGGGAAGUGUAGUAGCAAGGAGUUAGACACCUUAUUGAGUUGCCUCGCUGAUGCGGGCGAGGAGGCUCCGGACCGGCUGCUUUAUUGGGCUCGCCGCCAGACGCUCAAGGCGCGCGGUGGCCUCGCGAGCUUGCUCCAGCGGCUGCUCUCCAAGGUCUUAAGGCCGAAGCUCGCGGCGGCGCAGGCUGCCUUGAAGUCGGCGCCUGGCGAAGGAGCGGAAGGCGUCGACUUCGGCAAGCUAGCGAGCUUGUGCGAAGAUGCUUUGAGGUUGGACGACCUGGAGCGGAGAGCCUCCGCCAGCGCGUGCCGCGCCUUGCACGGCGUCUCCCGGUUGCCUUUGGCAGGGCCGCCCAGCGACUACGUCGUGCAGGACCUGGAUGCCAUCCUGCUGCUCUUUCAGCGGGCCUUCAUUGGUCAGCGAGCGCAGAGCGCAUCGAAACAGCUGGUGCAGCUCUGCGAGUUCGAAGCUGACACGGGGCUUCCGCCUGUCCAGGAGCAUUUGGCACUCCUGGGCGGACAAGCGAAGGGUCUCAUCCUGGGGAUGCUGUUGGUCCCACAGGACGCGCUGGAAGUCGUCUUGGCGCGGGAUGGAGGCCUUUGGGACGUGGCCAACCAGCUCCCCACCGCGCACGCGAGCAUUCUCCUUCCCUACUUCGAGGACGUGACGGGCACCAAGACGGUGCAGGGCCGUCGCGUGGAGGGCGGCGAGGGCCAUGGGCUCCGCAAGGAGUUUUUCACCAGCAUGUCCUUGGACGCUCAACGGCGUUGGGGACGGCUGACGUCCUCGGAGGGAAUCCUGGAGCCCGGUCCUGUGAUGUGUGUGGGAUCGCGUCUGAAGCUUCAACCUCUGGAGGCGCCCUCCUCCGAGCUGCAUCAGCUCUUGAUGGCCGCCAGCAAUGGCGAUCGGAUCAAGCUCCUGUUCAGCAGCGGCCAUUCGAUUGAGCGCACGGUCACCGGUAAUAUGCCCAUGCCCGGUGGAGGAUCGUCCAUCGUGGUGGAUGCGCCCUUCGAGGAGAACUUGAGUGAGCUCACCAUCCGAAGGGCCGAAGUCCAAAAGCCCGCGCAGCCUCUCUUCGAGUUCCACCGUGGCACAGGUCAACAGUGGUUCUCUUCGCACGCCAACUCUUUGUACAGCACGACGUUACGUGGUGAGUCCCUGGCAGUGCGCUACCGGGCCUUCGGAAAGUUGAUCGCCUUGGCCUUGGCGAACCAUUGCAAGUUGUCCUUUCCGCUUCCUCUACUCUUCUUUCAAUUCCUCCUGCAACCGGAACGCGCGGCGCAGUUGGACGACCUCAAGGGCUUCGACAACGCGCUCCAUGCGUCCCUGAGGAAAUGCUUCAAGAUGAAGGCUGCACAAUUUAUGCAAAUCAAGGAGCUUGAAGGCCUAGCUCCCACCAUGAGCGUGGAGGAGUACGUGGCCGAGCAGGUCAAGGCCAUCCUUACUCCGCAAGCUCUCGACGAGGUGCGCGCGGGUUUCUGGAGCCUCGUGCCUGCCACCGUUGUGGAGGAUGUCACACCGUCGGAGCUUCGUCAGAUCGUGUGCCCCACCAUCGUGGUGCGCGAGGACAUGGGGCUCAGGCAGAUCUUCCGCGUGGUCUUCGAGGAUGACGUCAGCGAGUGUCAGCCACUGGUGGAGGCCUUCCACGCGGUCUUGGACGCUCUGUCGAAGGAUGAGAAGAAGAAGUUCUUGAUGUUCGUCACAGGCAUCGAGGUGCCCCCCGAGCCGGGCACGGAACAGCUGACGGUUCAAAUGCCUUUCAGUGCCUUCACCAAAGAUGAGCACGUGGAGAUGCUGGGCAAGUUGCCGCAGGCGCACACCUGCACCAACACCUUGGAAUUGCCCAACUACUACGAGUCCCUCCAGGAGUCUGGACGCUACGCAGCGCAGGAGG